UGCUGAUAACCAUGCGCUGCAGUGAUUCGUUUUUAAUUAUCUUUACAUUUUAAAUAUUUAAUAUGUGCAAUAUUUAGUCAUUUAAAUCUACAAAAUGUCCAUUUUGGUGGGCACAGUAAACAAGCACACAAAUCAUUUUGAUUAUUUUACAUGUUUGAGAGGCAGCAGUGACAUUUUCAGCCUCUACCUCUACAGAAAUGUUUGACAGCUGAGGAAUUUUACAUAUUUGAACACUCACACUUAUGCAUGUGAGUGUUUAAAUACAUUUGUUCAUGAGUGGUUGUGCAUUAGAGAGCUGUUUUCCUAUGUUUUUAAUGGAUAACUACAGUCAUUUAUACCUCACACAUUAUCUUUUUCCAGAUAAACUGUGAGAUUUUUGGUUUUCUGUGGGUGUAGGUGUGAUGAAUUAUUAGAAUUAUUGGGGCUGAUUUGACUACAGGUGAUUUAUACGCAUACUGUACACACACUGUAUCUGUCAUGAAAAAAUAACUACAGUACACAUCCAGGAAGUAAACUGUAUCAUAUUGGAGUGGUUUUCAACUAAACGAAGGCCUUUGUUCUUUGAGGAAACACCUUCAGCCAUUGUGUUUGUGCGUCAUCCUCCACGUAUACUUCCCCCUUGUUGUGUUCCUGCCACCUCAUCAUCCAUUCACGCGACUAAUCAGCCCUAAUUGAGAGCUGGUCUGGCACUGUUUGUUUCCCUGCUCUUUGGUCCAGACUCUAUGCAAAGAUGGAGGCUGUGAUGGCAGGUUUCUCAUUAGUGGAACAAACGGAUGCUUAUUCGGUUUGCGAUGAAAGGGCAGUGGGUGGUCCGUCAGAAGACAUCUUCUCUGCUCGUCUGUCCCCCCAAUGCAUGUGUGGCAUCCACUGCGUUCGAGUGGGAAAAAAGUUGAGCUAUUUUAGGAACGCAACAGACCUGUUUCAUGUGGUAUGUCCCACCACACCCCUGACACCACCGCUAGGAAUUUAUGUAGAGGCUCUUGAGGUAAAACUGUCCUGACUGGAUUCUUAAGCGCAUGACGAUAUUAGCUUUAACCUGAUAAAAAUCUUCCCUCUGGUUUUGUGUAUUUAAUGUCUUCCUGGUAAAGUAUGAGUGAUGUCUUUGAAAACUGAAAAUAACAAUUUCCCGAGGAGCUUGUUUCUUUGUGUAGAAAAACAACUUUAGGGAAAUUGUUUUUUGUUUGGCCACAAAAAUAAUUAAUAAUUAAUUGUAUCAACACCCAGCAAACCCAACACACGUUACUGAUUGAGCCACAGCGUUCAUCUAACUGGGAAUACUGGCUUUGCUUGACCAACAGACACCACAGUGAUUAAUGACAAACCAUCUUAUACUCAGUAUCACUGAAUGGCAGACUACUGAACUAUACAGUAUAUUCCACAUUCAUUUUACUUCCAAAUAUUUAGCUGUGUUUGUUUGUUGUGUUUGUUAUGUUUAAAAGCUGCUCACCCGCUGGCGCGAUUUUGUUGUCUUUUUCUAAUUGGUCAGUAUUGUAAGUCCCGCCCACACCUGUGUAAUUAGCCACGCCCAGGCAGAACUCUCGGUCCCUCUCCUCCUCUCGUUCACACACGAGUCUGUCGGCGGUCGACGCGUGGACUGCGCUUCCACUUGUUCCUAUUUUUAAGUGACUGUAGAACAGAAUGCAAAGGCUGGAAUUAAGACUGAAGCGAACCGUCUGACAGCGAAGUUAAACCUUUUGUUGUUUUGCGCGGCGCUGCUCACCGACGGACAAACAUGGGAAAGUGGCAGCUAUCGAUGGACCCCGUGCAGGAGUGGGGGGACGAGGAGGAGGACGGGGCGGUGUUCGGGGUCACGCUGCGCCGGGAGCCCGUCCUGUCGGACGCGUGCGAGCUGCCCGGGGCGUUCAGCUUCGUCCAGUACCACACGGUGAAGACGCGCAGGCUGAAGGCGGCGACCCUGGAGCGACUGGUCACACACCUACUGGACCCAGAGCACCAGGAGGCCGACUUCCCUAGGAUAUUCCUGUCCACCUACAGGUCCUUCACCUCCACCGGCACCCUCAUCGAGCUGCUGUUUCAGAGGGACGACUCGCUGGCCGCCCUGGAUAACGGCGUGUGCCCUCGCAGUCCCCUGCACGGCGUGAUGCGCCUGUGGCUGGAGGAGUACAGCGAGGACUUCCAGGAGCCCCGGCAGACGCAGGCUCUCCGGCUGCUGUGCGUCCACCUGCGGCACCGCCUCUGCUACAGGCGCCUGGCCAAGACGGCCGAGACGCUGCUCAAGAGGCUCCAGGACCGAGGUCCACUCGGUAGGCCGCACGCCAUGCUCGCUGCUCGUCCGUCGGACAGAUGGAAGCGAGUGUGCGUUUUAUCCAACUGGCUGUGCUCCGCAGACGGCGGCCGGUGCGAGUCGGAGCCGAGCGGCGCGGCGCUGCAGCAGCGGGGUGACUGUCAGACGCCCGUCGAGGAGGACGACAGGCGCAGCUUCCUGGACUUCCCUGUGAGAGAAGCGGCGGAGCAGCUGACCCGCCUGGACGCUGAGCUGUUCGUCCGCGUGCUGCCCUUCCACUGCCUCGGCUGCAUCUGGUCCCAGCGGGACAAGAAGGAGAACCGGCACCUGGCGCCGUCCGUGCGCGCCACCAUCUGCCAGUUCAACGCCGUCACCAACUGCGUCAUCGGCUCGCUCCUGCGCCCGUCCUCCCCCGGCCCCUCCGCCUCCUCGCCCGUCCUGUCGCCCGCCGCCUCCUCCGCCUUCCCGUACCCCCCCGCCGCGCCCGGCUCGCCCUCCUGCUCCUCCAGCCCCACGCACAGGGCGCGCAUCAUCGAGAGGUGGAUCGCCGUCGCCCAGGAGUGCAGGCAGCUGAAGAACUUCUCUUCUCUGAGGGCCGUCCUUUCAGCCCUUCAGUCCAACGCUGUGUAUCGCCUCAAGAAGACCUGGGCGCUGGUCAGCAGGGAGAGUCUGGCUGCUUUCGACAACCUGUGUGAGACGUUCCCCGACGAGAACUGUGUGCUGAGCAGCAGGGAGAUCCUGGUGGAGGAUGGGAGUCACCCUGACAGCGCUGCAACCCCGGCCUCUAAAUCCCCCCAGGCCUCCUCCCGACCGCCGAGCGGCAGCGGCGGUGUUGUACCGUACCUGGGCACUUACCUGACUGUCCUCACUAUGCUGGACACAGCUCUGCCGGACACUGUGGAGGGCGGACUCAUCAACUUUGAGAAACGCAGACGGGAAUUUGAAAUUCUUUCCCAGAUUCGCCAGCUUCAGUCUUCGUGUUCCGACUACUGUCUACCAGUAAACCCUAAUUUCACGUCAUGGCUGCAGACACACACACUGCUCACAGACCAGGAGAGCUAUGAGCUGUCUCGUGACCUGGAGCCUCCGGUUGACCCGUGUCCCACCUCGCCCAACACAUGGAGCAGUCGCCUGCUCACUAAGAAGCUCAGCUCGUUGCGGACAGGUUCUGACAGCUGUGUCAGGAGGACACACGCUGACCAGAUCAGCGUCUCGUCAGGCUCCAGUGGUUCAGACAUGGAGGACCUCUCCGGCCCUCAGCCCCUCUGCCCCAUCAGGCUCAAAGUCAAGUCUCUCUCGGGCUCACUUCACAACGUAGCCGAGGACGGCUCCUCCAGCGCCGCCACCUCCUCUCCCAGUCUCUCCAGCUCCUCCUGCAGCUCCUCUCAUCCAGACCUCAGCCCCUCCUCGCUGGCGCUGAGCCCCGACGGGUCGUCUUCCAGCUGCUCUCCUCAGGCCGUGCUGCCCGUCUACAACAAACAGAUGGCGGAUCUGUGCAUCAUCCGGGUCAGCGUGGAGAGCGUCAGCAAUGGAAAUGUCUACAAGAGCAUAUUGCUGAACAGUCAGGACCGCACACCUCAGGUGAUCCAAAGGGCCCUUGAAAAACACAACAUGGAGGAUAUCAGCUGCCAUGACUUCAGCCUUUGGCAGAUGCUCAACAAUGGGAAAGAGCUCCAGAUUCCCGAUAAAGCCAACGUGUAUUAUGCCAUGUGCACAACGGCCAACUAUGACUUUGUGCUGCGCCAGCGCUGGAGGAUCCACGGGGGUUCGUGCAGUGCUUCCAGCCCCAGGUCUCAGGCCAAGUCUAAAACAUCCGUCCUGACUGAGGGUUAGAGUCACACGCCUCCAUGUCUCCUCAAGCCCACUGAGCACGAUGAGACUGUGACUGGGCAGCAGGUACAAGCUGCCAUGUGGAGACAUGACGACUCCAGCACUUUAACUGGAAAGUGCGAAACGUUCUGACUGUGAGAACCGUAUCGCACCAAAAGUUAGCUCUGGAUCACUUCGAGACAGGAAGAUGUCAAAGUAUUCAGAAACUGGACCAACCCGUCACUUUGAUCUUUAAAUCCAUCAUCCUGUGGAUAAAUGAACAACAUCUACCCUGUUUCUUAUUACAUCAACAUAUUGUAUUCCUUUGUGGAUUAUUGUGCAACAUGGGUCCAGGUCCGAACCUGGAAGAUUUCACAGCAGCUACGUACAAAUGCAAAACAUUCCCGUGUCAUAAACACUACAGUAGGAUUACGCAGUUUCCAGCUGUGGCUUUGUUUUUUCCCCCAGAUGUUCGCCUUUUAUUUAUUUAUUUUUUUAAUUCGUCUUGUUUAUCUGAAUAGGAGGUGCUGCUGAUUCCUUUAACCACACAGAACUUUUUGGGGUUGGGUUUAGCCGCGCUGCAUGUGCCAAGCUGACUGAAAAACACUGACACCAAGUCAAACGGUGUUGGUGCCGGGCCGGUUCCUCCUGACGUAGAGAUUUUAUGUGUUUAUUUAGUCGUUGUCUAGUCACACAUUUAAAUGUUUUUAUGUACCAAUGAAUUAUUUAAAGCAGUUCAGUAUUAUUAGUUUUAGUAGUAGUGGCUUCAUAGUUUCUUUUUGUUUUCUUUUUGUUUCAGUCUUUUCUGUCGUGCCUGAUUUUCUGUGGUUUCCCAUAAGCUCUGCUUAAGUUUGCACACUUUGAAUGCAGGCAGCACAUUUGGUUGGUUGCUUUUACAUGAAGGACACUUUGUAUGUGAGCGGACAGUAAGGUGCACAAUGUAAAUGUUUGUAGUGAGCAGUCCUACGCGGACUGUGGCUGAAGGUUCGAGGAGGAGGCAUAACGGUCACGUGAUGUGAUUCACACACGUGUGUAAUCCAGAGAAACUUGACUCCACCUGCUACAUUCCGCGAUUAACGUGAAGAACGACUCCUGUAUGUGGAAAUGAAGUGAGUUCAGUCUUAAAAGCUACUGUGGUUUGGUGAAAGAGGUGUGACGGCAGCAAGACGUGAAGAUCCACAAUGUCUUUACACAUCUGUUCUCUCCCUUUAUUGUUAGAAAUGCGUAUGAAACUUUGCACGUUGGAAGUGAACUCUUUGUAUUUAUCCUAAUAUUUUUUAAGUUUAACCUAAGCACUUGUUUAUAUUUAGUAUUUAAUGUUGACAAUAAAGUCAAUUUAGAAUUUAG